GGUAGGAUCCUUCCUCCGUGGCGUAGGAUGUAUGAUAUAAUGUUCUAGAUGUAAUAUCCCAAAGGUUAAUAAACCGUGGUUUCUGGUUCUGUGGAUUUUUCCCUACAUGAUUCAUGGCUGUUCGUGCUUUGGUGUAAGUUUUCAACAAGUGCUCCGACCCACAUUGGGGCAGGAACGAACUUGAGAUUCGUUGCUGCAGCAACGAUGCGCCCUUGUUGAUAUAUGGUACGUCACAUCCAUACGGAUGAGUUGAGGCCGCUACGCCUGUUGAAGCGGACGUGCUGGAGCUUAUGCGUCACCCGUACACUGAACACCCAACACAACGGACGACGAGUCAUGGCGACGAGGUGCUGUAAGAAAUUGUGUUAUUAUCUGGGAUUUAGCGGCGAACCGGUACACCGGUUUACUCUCCCACAGGCGAAAUGGCCAAUGGCGCCGGUCCUGUGGUCCAUCUUCCGCUGCUUCCUGGCCGUUUAUCUCAUCGUUUGGCUGGGGCUGAUACUGACCGUCUGGGGAGAUCCCCCUCUAUACGGCGGGGCAGACAACAAAGCCAAGUGGCUCAUCUAUGUCUCCAAUUGGUCCUUUCUGUUUCUCAUACUGUAUACACUAACAAUGGCUGUGGGAAAUGUCUACUACCACGCGACACGUGGCUGCAAAAACGCAAGAGUUGGAACAGAUGUGGAUCCUGAGUCUGGGUCGGGCUAUGACCGGGGGAUACCCAUGUCUUCCGUCGAUUCACCUCGUGGUACCCCAAGCAGCGGUAGUGAUUCUGGAGAGCCCCUGGAACCUCUUCCCUGGUACUUCAAGAUGGCCUGGUUCCUGCAGACCAUCGCGUUCACCGCUGCGCUCUUCGUCGCCCUGUUGUUUUACAUCCUCGUCUUCAAUCCUGCCGAGGACGUCUUGCACGUUUACAACUUCCACGUCCACGGUGUCAAUCUCAUCAUCGUGGUCUUGGACAUAAUCCUAUCCGCCACGCCCAUGCGGGUCCUGCAUCUGAUCUACCCAUCAUCGUACGCCUUUGUGUACUUCAUGUUCACGCUCAUCUACGAGGGUGCCGGUGGGCUGAACGAGAAAGGCGGCACGGCCAUCUACCCCAACAACUUAGACUGGGACGCGGCGCCGGGAAGAACCGGCAUCGUGAUGGCACUCACUGUGGUCGUCGCUGCUCCCCUACUUCAUCUCUUAUUUUACGGCAUCUAUCGCAUCCGCCAUGCCAUAUCCAAGUGUUGCACUGGAGGCUGCUGGACUUAUCAGUAACAGAGUAAGACUUUUGUCAAGAGGUGAUGGGGUUUACCAGGCUGAGUUGGGUUAAAGUUGAGGGGGGGGGAGGCGUUCAAACGAACAACUGAACCUCUCCCGUUGCUACUUGGUACUUGGUUGGUUCUUCUCCUAAGGACUUCCACAAGGGAGUAUAACUAGGAGGCCAGAAACACCGGGGCAAACCCCCUCUCUUAGCGAUAAGUGU